AUGCGCAAGGGCGAGAUGCGGAGCUAUGAGUCUGGCGAUCCGGAAGAAGGUUGGGUGCGAGUGGUCAUGGACGUUCCAGCACGGGGCCUCAUUGGGUACAUGGCGGGCGAGUUCAAGAACGAUGUCCACGGGCAGGGUACGAUCAAUCACAUUUUCAAGGGAUAUGAGCCAUACAAGGGUGCUAUCGACACUGGGCGUAACGGUGCUCUAAUCUCGAUGAUGACGGGCGAGUCCUCCGGAUACGCUAUGGCACCUCUACAAGCCCGUGGGACGCUCUUCAUCCACCCACAAACCCAAGUUUACCCUGGGAUGGUCAUCGGCGAGUCUUCCAAAGCAGCGGACCUAUAUCUCAACCCAUGUGUCAAGAAGCAGCUAACAAACAUACGUGCGGCCGGUGCCGACGAGAAAAUCGUGUUGGCGAGUCCGAGAGUUCUCACCCUCGAGGAGGCGCUGGCAUACAUGGCCGAUGACGAGCUAGUAGAGGUGACACCGACGAGCAUAAGGCUAAGGAAGAAGGACCUGGAGAGCGCGAAGAAGGGUCGGGCGCCGAAGGCCAAGGCGAAGUAG